AUGGUCUCCGCAGACAACCUCCAUCUCGACGUUCUCGAGCUCGUCUUCGCAUAUCUCUCUGGAAAUGACCUCGCCUCAGUCUCGCUCGUCAGCCGCUCUUUCCUGGCUGGUGUCAUACCAAUGUUGUACGCCACUAUAGCGUACAAGGCACGCCACGCGAAGCAGUAUUCGUCGCAAAUAAGCCCCUUCACCACAAUCCAGGAUCACCCCGAUCUCGCCGUGCAUGUUCGUAACAUCGACAUUCAAGCCGUCCCACGCAUCCGGGGUCAGAUACACCCGCAGUUCCUCGCCGAAUGCGCCAAGACGGUUUCCCUGUCUGUGAACCUCUCGACGUUCAUAUGCUACCCAAAGAUCAUGCCCACCCUGCUCCCUGCGCUGCAGAACAAAGGGCGCCUCGUCCACCUGCACAUCCAAGCGCCGCUCACGAGCCAGCAGGCGAAGAUUCUCGUGCAGCUGCGCUCGGUGCGUCGUCUGAUGUUGGACUUUCCGACGUGGAGCACUAUCGACGUCUUGCCGGGCUGGACGAGCACACUGGCGGGGAAUUUGACACGGCUGUCGAUUUAUAACUCGCUGGACAUUCAUGAGGGGGUGUUGUCAAAGCUGCUUUCGUCGCUUCCUAGUCUGCGAUCCCUAUACAUGAUAGGCUGUCCCCAGAUAACACACAACGUUCUCCUGUCCCUCAUCAGCAUGGUCCCUGGACUUGAAGAGCUUGGUUUCACGAUGUUUGACACCUGUCCGCCUACUCCAUCCCGCCUCGAGCUUCCCGGUCUGCACCACCUCGCACUCGACGUCCGGCAGGGCUUCUUGCCAUCGGCGGUCAUCUCGCUCUUCCAGAUCUGCACCACCUCGGUGCUUCCUGUGCGCACGCUGAUUGUAAAGUUCUCGGAGCCGCUCAAGCUGCGGCCUGAGACCGUCGUCGACGAGCUCGUGAACGCAUUCUCGAUGACGCUCACGCGGCUUGUCUUCCUUGACUGCCAUCUGUCCAUCGAUUCCAUCAGGAAGGUGACGAGGCAAUGUACCUUGCUGGAGCGACUCGAGGUGCCGUUCCCGAGGAAGGAGAUGGUCAGUCGCGAAUUUGCGGUGGCAAUGGCCAUGACGGACACCAUCCGCGAUCUCGUCGACGUUGCCGAAUCGCAUUCCUCCCACCAGGUCGUCCUGACGCGGGAGGCGAUGCGGGAGCUGGUGAUGUUAGUUCCUAGUCUUAAAUUCGUCAUGAGCGAUGGACGGCUGUGGAGUGUAAGUCGUUGA